GGGCGGUGGGGUUGCGGAUGGCUGCGCGCGCUGCGGGCACCGAUCCCCGGCGGCAGUUGGGCUCCGCGGGGCCGAAAAGCUGCGGGCGGGAAGCGCGAGAUUAAGACCCUGACGGCUACAGCUCUCAGGGCCCCCGCGAGCGCGCUCCGUUGGUGCGCGCGCGCGCGGCUCCGCCCCGCCCGCUUGGCGCGCGCCCCCGCCAGGUCCGCUCUCUUCCCCAACCCCUGGCGCGGACGGGGUGGUUCCAGCUCACUCUCCUCCCCCGAGCGGCAGCGGCGGCGGCGGCUGCUGCGGGCGCUGAAUGAGAGACGGUGACUGUUCGGGUCGGCGAGUGCUACUCCAGGCGGCGGCGGCGGCCGUGGCGGUGAAGCGUGAGGCCGGCGUCGUCUUUCCAUCCUCUGAGGCGACGGCCGCGGCUGCACAGGAAUAAUGUAUUUGUGGCCUUGGACAUGAGGCAAUCAGUCCUCUGUUGCUGUUAACAUAAGGUCAGGGACUGAUGAGGAAAGCAUGGACCUAAUGAACGGGCAGGCAAGCAGUGUCAAUAUUGCAGCUACUGCUUCUGAGAAAAGUAGCAGCUCUGAAUCCUUAAGUGACAAAGGCUCUGAAUUGAAGAAAAGCUUUGAUGCUGUGGUAUUUGAUGUUCUUAAGGUUACACCAGAAGAAUAUGCGGGUCAGAUAACAUUAAUGGAUGUUCCAGUAUUUAAAGCUAUUCAACCAGAUGAGCUUUCAAGUUGUGGAUGGAAUAAAAAAGAAAAAUAUAGUUCUGCACCAAAUGCAGUUGCCUUCACAAGAAGAUUCAAUCAUGUAAGCUUUUGGGUUGUUAGAGAGAUUCUUCAUGCUCAAACAUUAAAAAUUAGAGCAGAAGUUUUGAGCCACUAUAUUAAAACUGCUAAGAAACUGUAUGAGCUGAAUAACCUUCAUGCACUUAUGGCAGUGGUUUCUGGCCUACAGAGUGCCCCAAUUUUCAGGUUGACUAAAACAUGGGCGUUAUUAAGUCGAAAAGACAAAACUACCUUUGAAAAAUUAGAAUAUGUAAUGAGUAAAGAAGAUAACUACAAAAGACUCAGAGACUAUAUAAGUAGCUUAAAGAUGACACCUUGCAUUCCCUAUUUAGGUAUCUAUUUGUCAGAUUUAACAUACAUCGAUUCAGCAUACCCAUCAACUGGAAGCAUUCUAGAAAAUGAGCAAAGAUCAAAUUUAAUGAAUAAUAUCCUUCGAAUAAUUUCUGAUUUACAACAAUCUUGUGAAUAUGAUAUUCCCAUGUUGCCUCAUGUCCAAAAAUAUCUGAACUCCGUUCAGUAUAUAGAAGAACUACAAAAAUUUGUGGAAGACGAUAAUUACAAGCUUUCAUUAAAGAUAGAACCAGGGACAAGCACCCCACGUUCUGCUGCUUCCAGAGAAGAUUUAGUAGGUCCUGAAGUAGGAGCGUCUCCACAGAGUGGACGAAAAAGUGUGGCAGCUGAAGGAGCCUUGCUCCCACAGACACCGCCAUCCCCUCGGAAUCUGAUUCCACAUGGACAUAGGAAGUGCCAUAGCUUGGGUUAUAAUUUCAUUCAUAAAAUGAACACAGCAGAAUUUAAGAGUGCAACGUUUCCAAAUGCAGGGCCAAGACAUCUGUUAGAUGAUAGCGUCAUGGAGCCCCAUGCGCCAUCUCGAGGCCAAGCUGAAAGUUCUACUCUUUCUAGUGGAAUAUCAAUAGGUAGCAGCGAUGGUUCUGAACUAAGUGAAGAGACCUCAUGGCCUGCUUUUGAAAGUUCUGCAGAAUCAGAAGAUUUGGCAGUACAUUUAUAUCCAGGAGCUGUUACUAUUCAAGGUGUUCUCAGGAGAAAAACUUUGUUAAAAGAAGGCAAAAAGCCUACAGUAGCAUCUUGGACAAAAUAUUGGGCAGCUUUGUGUGGGACACAGCUUUUUUACUAUGCUGCCAAAUCUCUAAAGGCUACAGAAAGAAAACAUUUCAAAUCAACAUCCAAUAAGAACGUAUCUGUGGUAGGAUGGAUGGUGAUGAUGGCUGAUGACCCUGAACAUCCGGAUCUCUUCCUGCUGACUGACUCUGAGAAAGGAAAUUCGUACAAGUUUCAAGCUGGCAAUAGAAUGAAUGCAAUGUUAUGGUUUAAGCAUUUGAGUGCAGCCUGCCAAAGUAACAAACAACAGGUUCCUACAAACUUGAUGACUUUUGAGUAGAAGCCUGAGAAAAAAAGAGAGGUGAACUGUUGCUUCUAUGUGAGCAUGAGGACCUGAUAAAAGAGCGCCAGCUAUAAACCAUCCUGUGCCAGGAAGAGCCCAGAGGCUCUGUCUCAGUCUUUGGAGUUCUGAACCAAAAAAGCACUAAUUUCAGGGAAUGAAUUGAGAUAUUCCCAGAGAACAAAUUGGAGUUGCAAAACAAACUGCCAUGAACCAUGCUUCUUAUCUCAGAACUGACCUGUGGAAACCACUGCCUUAAAAGAAUGAAAGGAAAACCAACAUGAAACACCAAAUAGUGUGUGUGAAUCUUCUGGCGGUGCUGUGCUUGGAAUAGGUCGUAGCUAAUUUGCAUUUCUUUUAACUUUGUAAUAAUUUUAGAGGGGGGAAUUGCCUUUUUAGAUAUGCUUUAAAAAGGAAAAACAUAUUCUUGUGGAUUCCAUCAGGAGCUGGUUUUGAACCGAGGUGAAGAGACUUAGCAGGGAGGUUUGUUCUCCCUCUAGUAGUCUGCAACCUCACUGGCUUUCUCACAGCAAGAGUGUAGGAAUGAGAAAUGUUAGUCAUGUGAGUUCUUGGGUUUGUUUGGGAUUGGGUGGGGGUGUUUGUUUUGUUUUGGAUGAGGGGAGAAUUUUUUAAACACUAAACUUCUGAAAUGUAGUACUGUAAGGGGAGCAUUAUUUCCUGCAGGAGGUACAAAGGCUGAGUGUUCAUUUGCCAGACACUUUUUUUUAAAUAGGUUCCAGAAAACAUGGUUGUUUCUAACUAGGGUUAAAGUUUAGCUUUCUAUAUGAAUUCAUUGUCGGACCACAGAUCUGCUUAAGUAAAGAACUAUAAUCCCAACCUAAACUUUUCUGAGAUUUUACAAUAAUUAGAUCUUUUUCCAAGUUAAUUGGAUUUUCCCUUCUCCCAGUCAUAGGUGGUUUUUAUCAUCAAGACAGAUUGAUAUUUUGUCAGGAUAUUUUCUUUUACAGUGUUUAAUGUGCAUAAUGCCAGAGUUAUUUUUUUAUUAUUCAUUUUCUGUCUUUUUGUUCAAUAUGAGAUUCAGGAUCAUAUUUGUUUAAAAGGUAACACAUAGAGGUAUAUGUAUGUAUUUUGUUAUAAGACAUACAAAAUAAUUUUAAGAGGGAUAAAGGUGAAAGUAUCAGAUUCUGGAAAUUUUAAGUAUCUAAACUUUAUACUUCUUGUAUGAUUUACCAUAAACAUACCAAAACAUUUCUCUGAAAAUUUACUGUAGGUCUCUGACAUGAAACCAUAUUUUGUCAGUAGUUGACCAAGCAGUUUUAUGAGAACUCUUCUAUGCAAUGAUGCAUUUAAUUUCUAAAGUAAAUGUUGAAUUAUAAAAAAAAAAGUUUGAAGGUGAGAUGCCUUAGAAUUUUAAUGAAAAAUGACACUCAAACAAAGGCUAUAUGUCGAGUGUUAUAAACUCUUGAGACAUAAUAAAUUUUAGCAGUGGCCUAGAGUAAUGCUUUGUGACCGAUAUCUACUAAUAGACUUCUGUUACUUUGGGCCUCACAUAAAAUUUCUCACAUUCGUAUUCUUAGAGAAUUUUAUACUUUUUUAUUAUAAGUAUUUUGCCCUUGAGUCCAUGAAACUUCAAUAGAAAAUAUUGCUUAUACAAUAAUUAGCUUAAAAUCCAUCCAAAGGAAAAAAGAAGAGCUUUUUUUGAGUGUUAAGUUUUUUAAUUUAGUUUUCUGUUUGGAAAAGAUGUUAAGAGUUCAAAUAUGCUUCUUAUAUAACAGAAAUACCAUUAUUUCUGGGGUUUAGUGACACAGGCUGGAGAGGGCAAAAGUUUCCUGUGCUGAAUGAUUUUUCAAUUAAUGCUCUAAGCAUAACCCAUGUUGGGUAAUAGAAAGACAUAGCCAGCAGUAUUACUACGUAGACCUUGCACAUCUUACUUUUGUUUUGCAUUUUUAAAAAUUUCUUAAUUUGUUUAUUUCUCUUCAGAAAUAGCGUUUUUAACAGUGUAUGUGCUUUUUUAAAAAGUAUUGUGAAUGAGAACCCUGUGGAUUUUUUUAAUUUCAUUUGUUUGUCAUAAUAAGCUAAUGUAGAAAUGUUGUAGGUUAACCAUAUCUGUGGAAAUACGCAGUUGGAAGUCAGAGCCUGACAUCACAUAGUUUUGCCAAAGGGAGAGAGCUAAGCUGGAAGAUGUGUUUGAUACUUUCAGCUCUAAACAUUAAUGGAUGUUUGCGUAGAGUAAGAUAGUGUUCAAAUUUGGUUAAUAGUUUAUAGAUAGACUUGUGGCCUCGGACUGACUAAAUUUCUUAACAGCGCAGAAGUCGUUUUUCUGUCUUUAAAAUUUAUUCAUUCAGAAAAUUAGUCAUUGCUUUUUAAGAUUAGUUUAGCAUUUGAAGCAAAUUGAAAACAGAAAAGUGAGUUAAAAUAGUGUAGGUGAAUGUUUUAUCUAUAAUUUACCAAAUAAUACCUGAUAAUAAUUCAAAGAAAAUAUGUUACCAAAAUAUAUUAAAUAUAUAGGUAGUUCGUUCGUGGGAAGAUGAAUCUUCUUAUUAAGCCUGCCCUCAAUUGUAAAUAAGUGACUCAAAAACUCAAAAUGUUCAUCAGCAUUAAGGUCAUUUGUUUCACCCUUAGCCAAGAAGAACUCAUUAGAAAUUCAGUUAUAAUUUAAAUUUAAGCCUGUUUAUGAUAAGCAUAAUGAUUGGCAUGUUAUAUAGCCUGUUGAAAAUAACUACAGAAUGACCUUCCAGAGCACUGUUUUUGGCCUCGUGCCCCCUCUAUUCAGGCUCUGCUUGUUUUUCAGAAUAUGAUUUUUACCUCCAGACAGUAAGAAUUGAACAAGAACUGAUCAAACACACCUUCCUAUUUUGUUUUCUUCACUAUGUAAAUAUUAUUUGGGUAAACAUUACAAAAAGGGAUCCAAACAAUUUGAGUUUCAGUAUUUUUUUCUCCCUAGGCAUGUGCUUCAAUUUCAAAUAUUUUUUCUGUGUGGAAAAUGCCAUGUAACUAUUGCACUACCUUCUGUGUGGACUGUGUUGGUAUUGGUUCUUUCUGUAUAUCAAAAGUCAGGGUGUUUAUAACUGCAAAGUUUGUAUAAGUGGCUUUAUUCCUCUUCCAGAAGAUUUAUGAGGAGCCUAGGAAGCACUAUUUGUACAGGAGGAAAAAAGAAUGGAAAACAUGUUUACAGACUCUAGCGUUCCUUAUUAGCUUAAACUGGGGCCCUCAAAGAGCAGCCUGUUGAUCUUUUGGCCAAAUGACUUGAGCAUAAGUCUUUUAUUUCUUUUUAAGGUUAAAUCGUAAGCUGUAUACCUUUACUACUGAAAACAAAACUAUAGGGCAUCAUACUAAUUGAAAAUCAAUAGUAAUAGGUUCCAUCCAUUGGCUUUUUAAAUGAAUAGAUCUGGUAUUGAUUUCCUUCCUGUUUUUUUGAGGCACAUUCCUUUACAACCAGUGUUUAAACCACCACGUAAUCAUCUUCUGCAAACAAGGGGUACCAGUGUUGCCUAACAGAAGAUAAUCUUUAAUAAAGCAAAUCCUCUGCUUCAAAGGUUUUUGAAAUAAUUGGAUCCCUUUUUGAAAAUGAAGAUGAGUUUAACUGUGUCCAGGUGGAAUAUAGUACUGCUGUUGCAUGAAUAGAUGAUACAAAGCAAGUGAUGAGGUUGGUCUGACUUCUUUAGUGACCUUUUAGGAUUUGCUUUUAUUUUCUCUCUCUUUUUUGUAUUAUUUCUUUCAAACGUAGUAAAUAUAUGAUUUUACAGCCAAAGUGGUAUUCUGUUUUUUCUAAGCUUUGAGAUACAAAUAUUGCUAUUUAAUCACAUUGAUAAUGAAUUACUUUCCAUGUGAACCUUUUCAAAAUGAUUUAAGUACCUUUGAUUUGGCUCCCCUAAAAAUGGCUUGUGUCUAAAGUGACAUUUUUUUUCCCUAUUUGGAGGGUUCUAAUGAAGGAGAUCCAGGCAUAAAAACUCUUUUGCUUAUUGAAAGCAAUUUGAUUACACCUAUGUCUCAAGUUACAGUGGGGAGAAAAUUUGGUCAGUGCCUUAUUAUUUGAAGAGCAAUUUCAGGGCAUCAAGUAUGACAAUAAUCAUGUGCCCUCUUGCUCCUCUUAUUUCAGGAGUGUGUGCUAUCCCUCUCUCCACCAGCUUAAUCUUUCUCAACCCAAGUCUAACAAAGUCUUUACAGAAACCUCUGUAGGUGAUUGUUGCAGUCCUCCUUGGUUUUUGAGUCUUUUUAAACAAGCUCCUACCCUGCUUCUAUCCUUUUAGAGUAGGAGAUUAAAAAUAAACCCACCCCAGUCAACCUUUAGAUAAGCACUCUUAAAGACAAAUUUGAGGAGCACUCUUCAGCCAAGUUCAUUUUUAUUUUGUUGUUGAUGUUUUGAGCAUACAUUUAAUUGAAAGGCCUUUUGGAAAAGCCCUAAAAGAAUAAGAUACAACCAGAAAUAUUUGAGUUUUGUUAAAUGUACUGAAAUCUUGCAAUGAAAAUCCCUUUGGCCAGAAAUGAGAUUUAUUUCCAUUUAUUUUUACAUUUAAGUAACACUCAAAACAAACAAGUAGUCACUUAACCUGCCAGUUAUUAUUUUCUUGAAAAUAUGCAAGAAAGUAAAAAUAUCUCUAAUAUAUAAAUUAAAGGAAAGUUAAGAGAUUAAGCUAGUUUUUUCAGUGAAAGCAAAGCUUGGAAAUAUUUUGCUUCUCUCAGAUUAUUGGAAGACCUGGAGCUACUGGAUGUUAACCUGAAUCAAGAUGUUCUUUUCACAUUUUUUUAAAGGGCUAGUAUGUUCCAGAGUAGGCAAGUAGUCAUUCAAGCCAAAUGAAAGAGUUAACUGGUCCUUGAGGAGUAUUAGCAAAAUUUAAGUUUUGACCCUGGCCAUUUGUACUAUAGAAGUGAUGAUGGGAUUAAAAGAAUACAUAAUUACAGUGUUUUGGGAUUGGGCUCUUUUUUUUCUUAAUAGAAAAGCAGAAACUUCAUAAAUAAUAGCUGUGCUUUAGAUACCAGAUAACAAAUAUUGUUUCCCCUGAAGAUAUGACCUACUAGAACUACUCACAUAUAUAGUCCAAUAAUUACUGACUUAAUAGGUAUGGUAAAACAGCUUGAUAAUAAGUCAGCAGACUCUCAAGAGUUUCUGUACCUUGAUUAUUGACAAAUUCAUUGUUUUACAUCCUACUGAAAAACGUGUGUGGGGAGGGGGUGGGGAACUGGUUCACAACAUAAUCUAAAGGAGAUCAAACAUCUGUAGGGACAGGUAUCCAGUGAUAAUAAUAUAUCUGAAAACACAAGCCAUUUUUAUUCUUUAUCCCAAUUAACUUGAGGUACUCUAAUGAUGAAGCACUCGAUUGCACUAUGACCUCCUUGAGUGAUGUGCAGCUUGGUUCCUCUCUUUCUUUUUGUUUCUUUUUAAUAUGCAAAUGUGAGUGUGCGAUCUUCAGUGUGUCUGCAUAAGCUAACUUAAAACGAAUUUAAGUACAGUUUUCUGAAAUAUUUCUAUUGAAAUAAAUUACUUAAAAUUA